GGUAAUUAGAUAUAAUAUUUGCUAUCAAGUGUUCAUACAUCUGACGCUCCGGCACCUUGCGUAGGAUUCACAUCAAAUAACUGCACAGUACAGUGCACAGGACACGGAAAGACUUGAAUUGGCUUUGUUGCUCCAAUACAGUUUAAACGGCCUUGCUUUAUAGGCUUUUUAAUUUAAUUUAGAAGAUUGAGGCACAAUUGCAUUGGCUUUUUGACAUGGAAGAUGUCCAGAAAAGAAAUAAAGUGACUUCGUUUUGCGUGGGUUGCGGGCAUCAGAUCCUGGAUCGGUUUAUCCUGCGGGUUUCUCCUGAUCUGGAGUGGCACGCGGAGUGUCUGAGAUGCGCAGAAUGCCAUCAGUAUCUGGACGAGUCGUGCACCUGCUUCAUCAGAGACGGAAAAACCUUCUGCAAAGAGCAUAGUAGAUUAUGCCCCCGUAUAUGUGCGAAAUGCUGCAAGGUCCUCAACAGAAAUGAGUAUGUUAUGCGAACACGAGUAGACGUUUAUCACACUGAGUGUUUUCGAUGUGAGAGCUGUGAUCGGCAGUUACUCCCCGGAGAUGAGUAUGUCCUGUGGGAGGGCCGGCCGGUGUGUAUGGACCAUCACAAGUUCUUCAAGCGACUGAGUACUUCAAAUGAUUUACAUGAUAAAACACAGGACACUGAUGUGUAUGAAAACAGCAGACCCAUAUCCCAGUCCAGUUGUCCCUGGUCAUCAGCACAGAGGAGGUCAGAGAGAGCCACCCGUGUGAGGACGGUUCUCAGCGAGAGUCAGCUCCGCAUGCUGCAGACCUGUUACAGCGCUAACUCCAGACCUGACGCCCUCAUGAAGGAGCAGCUGGUGGAAAUGACGGGCCUCAGUCCCAGGGUCAUUCGGGUUUGGUUCCAAAACAAGCGAUGCAAGGAUAAGAAAAUUAUGAUGAGACACACGCAGAAGCAGCGCGAAGGCCAUCCGGAUGUUUCUGAGGAGCCAAUUCUGGCUGAUAUUCAAGAAAGUCAAGACAUUGACAUGUUGGGAAACCCAUCGUGGAAACUCCUGACCAACUUUAUUCAAAAGCACACAGACCUGAGCUCAUUCCGUCAUGUGCUUUCUUUAUCGAAGGAAGGUCCCUGUUCUGGUGCAGGUGAAGUUGAAGUUGUGUCAAUAUCAGCUCAGUUAUCAGACACACCCAGCAGUCUUACUGCAAGUCCCACAGGAAUCAACGAGUAAACCGUUUUUACAAACAGAGCAAACUGUGAGUUCACCCUUUUCCAACAUAAACUCACCCACUGGAUGACUUUAAACACUGUGAAAAUAAAAUGUCAUUUUUAUACAGUAAUAAGAGGUAAUUGUGAAUAUAAUUCGUGAUUUAGAUUGACCAUAAAUCAUAAUUAUUAAUCACCCUUUAUGUUUGUCACUGGGUUUUGUAAAAAUCUAACCAAUAAAAAGUAUUAAAAAGUCCUUAUCAACUUAUCGACUCCAAAGUAUUUAAUCAUUGAAAAAGUACAAUGCUUUUCAAUUUCUGAAUUGGAAUAGCGAUGA